AUGCUCUCCAAGUACGCUAUCUUUGCUCUCGCCUCGAGCGCCCUUGUGGCCUCCGCCCCCGUCGCCCAGCAGGAAUCCGGCGAGUCCGGUCAGCAGGGCGGCCAGGCCGCUGGCACUCCUCCCGCCGGCGGUGCUUCCGGCAGCUUCCCGACCCCCACUGGCUCUUUCGGUGGCUUCGGUCAGGGCGGUCAGCAGACUCCCGGCGCCGGAUUCGGUGGCCACGGCGGCCACCACACUCCUGGAGGCUCUUUCCCUAGCGCUUUCCCCUCGGGUGGCUCUUUCCCCACUCCCGGUGCCGGCAGCUUCGGCAGCUUCGGCGGCCAGGAGAGCGGCUCCAACUCUGACAUCCAGGCGGCUCAGGCUCAGCAGAGCGGCUCUUUCCCUACUCCGGGCGCUGGUGGCCAGGAGGGUGGCUUUGGCGGCUUCGGCGGCGCCCAGACUCCCGGCGGCGCUUUCCCGACUGCCUUCCCCUCGGGUGCUUUCCCUUCGGGCGGCUCUUUCCCCACUCCCGGCGCUGGUGGCCAGGAGGGCGGCUUCGGCGGUUUCGGUGGCCAGCAGACCCCCGGUGCCGGCGGCGCUCAGCCCACUGGUUCUUUCGGCGGCUUCGGCGGCCAACAGACUCCUGGUGCUGGCGGUGCCCAGGCCACUCCCGGCGCCUCCUUUGGCGACUUCUCCGGCUUCCAGAAGCGCCAGUUCGACGGCGAGCUCCCUGCUAGCUUCUCGGGUCUGCCCCAGGGCACUCCCACUGGUGGUUUCCCCGGUGGCUUCGGCGGCGCCACUCCCCCUGCCUUCCCGUCUGGCACUCCUCCCGCAGGCGGCUUUGGCGGCGCCUUCCCUAGCUCCUUCCCCACUCCUGGCGCCGACUUCGAGCAGGCCGCCAAGUUCGCCCAGAAGGUCGCCUCCAGCUUCGGCACUCCCCCGUCCGGAUCUUUCCCUACCGGUGCCUUCCCGUCGGGCGCUGCCCCCUCGGGCACGCCGCCCGCUGGCUUUGGCGGCCCCGGUGGUCCUCAGGGCACCCCGCCUGCCGGUGCUCCCUCUGGCACUCCUCCCGCGGGCGGCUUCGGCGGUCCUCAGGGUACUCCCCCGGCUGGCGGCGCCCCCUCUGGCGCUCCCUCCGGCCCUGCUCCCUCGGGUGCUGCUCCCACUCCCAGCUCUUAA